AUGGUGACAAUUGAAGUGAAGAAGUCUAGUUCAGGUAGGGUUGCUCCCGGUAAAGCUAACAUAAUGAACGCUCAUGACUUUAAAAUUAAACUCUGGGACAACAUAGAGAAACUUUUCAAAGUGGACAUUUAUAAUGGCUGCACUAAGAUUAUCAUGUUGCAGAAUGUAGUAAAUGAGCUGCAUGCUAUUGGAAAUUUCAGAAACAUAUUGCGAAAGUUUUGGAAUGAUCUGUCAUUAACUUUCAGCACUGAGUUGGAGAAGAGCCCAUCAAAUGUCAACCAAUCUAUUGAGAUUGACUUUCCUAAACUUUUGAAAUGUUUCAACGAGCUGAUUGCCCGUCUCAAAUGUAAGGAUUUGGAGUUGAGCCGCUCAUCUUUAAAUAGAUGGGAGAAUGCGUUUCUAUCAAAGUCAUUGGGAAAGCUACUGGACCCAGUCCGGACAAUGUGGCACCUGAAUCAAGUGCCAAACAUGGACCAAAUUGAUACUGCAAUAAGGGUCAUAGCUGAAGCACUUAGCAUUUCACUAGGUGACAAACAACUAAGCAUAAGCUUGGCAAACAGUGUAGCCAAGAGCAUUAAACAAAUGAAUAUGGAAGCAGAACAAAGAAUCUCUAUGGACAGUGAUGUAGCCCAAAUCAUUGAACCACCAACAAGUACCCAACAAAAAAAUGCAGACUUGUGCAACGCACUGUAUUACUUCUCCUCUCAGAUAAAAAGGGUGCUUAUUAACAUGAACUCUCUGCUUCCCCCAGAGAGUGUGCAAAUAGUGCAGAACAGUCUUAAAGAUAUCUCAAGUAUGCCUGUGCUGCAGUUGUUUGAGGAGUCAAUAAAAAACUCACUCUACAUCAUAUUAACCACAAUGCAUGACGAACCAGACUUGACUAGAGCCGAUGAUCCAACCAACAAGUCAUUAUCAUGCUCUCCUUAUAUGAAAGAACUGCAACAGUUUGUGUCUAGAUGCAAAGACAUUUAUCUCUCAAUGUUCCAGGAAAAGUCUGCACUGAACGACUGCUGUGUCAUUAUAGCCAGAGCUUGCGUGGAACGUUUUAUCCAUCAUGUCUGCAAUGUGAGACCGCUGACAAGAUUUGGUAAAGUAAAGUUGCAGAUUGACUGCAAACAGUUGGAGACGGCGCUCUAUCCCCUUGUCAACGACAUGACGGAGUUAGGAGACGAAUACAGGCAGCUGAAGGCACUACAGCUGAUGUUAGAGAAAACACCACAGGAAAUUGCCAAGAGUCAAAAAGAAGGCGCCUUAUUACCAUUUUCUAUGGUUAUGAUGUUUAUGUUUUCAUUUGCUGGGCCACAGCUUGUCGCCCCUCACACAUGCGCUGGCUGGAACGUCCAGAAAUUGAUGCAAUGGCUCGACUCCCACAGAAACGAACGUGACAGAUUGGAAUUUGUGGCUGGUGCAUUGCAAAGGUAUCAAAACCACGUGCGGCAGAACCAAAUGACAACGUACGACGAAGUGUACCCAGUUUUAUUGCAGUUGUUAGAAGAUGGACGGAACGCCCUAAAGAAG